UUUUCCCCUCUGCUCCUCCCCAGCCCGCUUCUCCCUUCCCUGCCCUGCCCCGCUCCCCUGCCCAUGCCCUCGGUGCCCACCUCCCGCUCUGCUUUCGCCCCGCGGGUUCCCGGAGCCGUCGGGGGCAGGAGCCGGGGCCAUGGGGCCCGCUGAGGAGCUGGUCCGGAUUGCCAAGAAGUUGGAUAAGAUGGUGGCCAGGCAAAGCACGGAAGGGGCACUGGAUCUGCUCAAGUCCCUCACUGGCUACACCAUGACCAUCCAGCUGCUCCAGACCACUCGCAUCGGGGUGGCCGUCAACUCGGUGAGGAAACACUGCUCAGAUGAAGAGGUCGUGGCCUCAGCCAAAAUCCUCAUCAAGAACUGGAAGAGGCUGCUGGAGUCCUCCAGCACCUCAAAGAAGGAGAAGGAUGUGGAUGGGAGGAAGGAGAAGGACAUGAAUGGGGAAAAGAAGAAGGAGAAGGGGCUGGAUUUCUCCAGCUGCCCCAGUGAAGGGGUGAAGAACCCCAAGAGCCCAGCUGAGAAGCACAGGGAGAAGCACAAGGAGAGGAAGCCCAGCACAUCAGGCUCUCAUGCCAGCACCCCCCGAGGCCACCCCGCUGACUCCAUCCUGGACAGAGAGUCCAGCGAUGGCCGGAGCCCCAGCGCAGCCUCCAAGAAGUCACCUCUGGAUGGCAAGAAGGAGAGGAGAGACUCUGUUGACUCCAGGUCCUCCACUGCCUCGGCCGUUUCCUCCUCUUCCUCCCCUGGGAAGAGACCGUCAGGGGAGAGGAGACCCUCCAUGGGCAGCAGCCCCUCCCCAGCUCCUGGCUCCCGGAGGAACUCCAGUGACUGUAAGGAGGACAGAGCCAACAGCAGCAAGGCCAAGGCUGAGACACCACGGACCCCCAGCAGCCCCCCAUUCUCAGCUGGGCCCUGCCUCCUGGCCCCCUGUUACCUCACUGGGGACUCGGUGAGGGACAAGUGCAUCGAGAUGCUGACGGCAGCCCUGCGCAUGGACGAUGACUACAAGGAGUUUGGUGUCAACUGUGAGAAGAUGGCAUCAGAGAUUGAAGACCAUAUCUUCCAGGAGCUGAAGAGCACAGACAUGAAAUAUCGGAACCGUGUGCGGAGCAGGAUCAGCAACCUGAAGGACCCCAAAAACCCGGCUCUGCGCAGGAACGUGCUGUGUGGGGCCAUCCCAGCCCCGCUCAUCGCCCGCAUGACAGCUGAGGAGAUGGCCAGUGACGAGCUGAAGGAGCUGAGGAAUGCCAUGACCCAGGAAGCCAUCCGGGAGCAUCAGAUGGCCAAGACGGGCGGCACCGUCACCGACCUCUUCCAGUGUGGCAAGUGCAAGAAGAAGAACUGCACCUACAACCAGGUGCAGACACGCAGCGCUGAUGAGCCCAUGACGACGUUUGUGCUGUGCAACGAGUGUGGGAACCGCUGGAAGUUCUGCUGAUGGUGCUGGGAGAGGGAGCUGGAGGGAGCGGGAUGCUGCCACGGCCAGAGAGGGAAGGAGGGAUGCACACUGCUCCCCACACCCAGGCAAGCAAUUGCCUUGGCACUGAGGCUGAAUUCAAGCAGUUCCUCCUUGGAUAUAACCUGCCCUUUGCUUGGAGAUCACUGGAAAAGGAGACAGGGCUGAACUGGGCAGCUCGUUCUUCCCUGGGGGAAACCUCGGAGGAGUUGGGGACAAGGAGAGCCAUUGUCAUGUGCAUGUGGGGCUGGGCCACUGUCCUGAGGGCCAGGGAUGGGAAAGGGCCAAGUUUGAACCCUAACACCCUGUUCCUAAGCUGGGUGCAGGCAGUGGGAGGACACACAUGGUGCUGGGAGGGUGGCUGGAGGCUGGUGGGAUGCCACCGUGUCCCUCUGCUCUGUGACACAUGGACCAUCCACCCUGCCUUGAGGGCAACUGUCCCCAGGAAAGAAGAAGAGAUGGGAGGAGGAGAGGAAAAGGAGGAAAACCCCUCCAGCUAGAGCAUUAAAGGU